UUUCCUGGUAUGUCACUGACUAGUGUUAAUAAUCCCCUGCUACUGCUUUGUUUUUAGGCCCUUCCUCAAGUGUCUAGAGCUCAGAGAUGCGGCCCAGGGGAGGGAACUGUAGCUAGGUCAGGAGGCCGUGCUUGCUGUUGCUUCCAGAUCCCAUGUCAGCACCGAGUCCUCAGAUGCUGGUGGCAGCGGCUCAGCAGACCCUGGGCAUGGGAAAGAGACGGUGCCCACCCCGAGCCGUCUGCCUUCACCUUGCUGGAGAGGUGCUGGCUGUGGCCCGGGGACUGAAGCCAGCUCUGCUCUAUGAUUGCAGUUGUGCAGGGGCAUCAGAGCUCCAGAGCUAUCUGGAGGAACUGCGGGGCCUGGGCUUCUUGACCCAGGGACUUCACAUCCUUGAGAUUGGAGAAAACAGCUUGAUUGUCAGUCCUGAACACGUAUGUCCGCACUUGAAGCAGGUGCUGCUUGGUACCAUAGCCUUUGUGGAUGUUUCCGGCUCCCAGCCUCACCCUUCUAUUUGCUCCCUGGACCAGCUUCAGGAUUUGAAGGCCCUAGUGGCUGAGAUCAUCAUGCAUUUGCAAGGGCUGCAGAGGGACCUAUCCAUGGCAGUCUCCUGCAGCAGACUUCGUUCCUCAAACUGGAAUCUCUGUACUGUGUUUGGGAUCCUCCUGGGCUAUCCUGUUCCGUAUACCUUUCAUCUGAACCGGGGAGAUGACAACUGCUUAGCCCUGACCCCACUCCGGGUGUUCACUGCCCGGAUCUCAUGGCUGUGUGGUCAUCCCCCAGUCUUGCUCUAUUCCUUUAGUGUCCCAGAGAGCUUGUUCCCAGCCCUGAGGGAGAUUCUGAAUACUUGGGAGAAGGACCUUAGAACUCGAUGUAGGACUCAGAAUGACUUUGCUGACCUGAGCGUCUCCUCUGAGAUAGUCACGCUGCCAGCAGUGGCUCUCUGACUUUAACUCUUCUC